CGUACACACCAGGCAAGAGAAAGUAACUGACGUGCAACAAGUACAGAAGCCAUGGGAAGUUUGAACGGGACUGCUGAUGACGUCACGGGGCUGACAGCCAAUCAGAUCGAUCACAUCCGGGACAGCUGGCAGGUGGUCAUGAAGAACAAGAGAGCCAACGGGUUCGCCAUCUUCAGGAUACUGUUCACAGACUACCCGUUCACGCGGAAGUUGUUCAGGAGUAUGGACCAGGUGGACAUCGACGUCCCGGAACAGUUUGAGAAGAACAUCGCCCUGCGCGCUCACAUCACGCGGUUCCUCGCUAGCUUCGGCACCUUCAUGGCGGCUCUGGACCAGCCGGAGGACCUACAACAGCUGCUGUACGAUACCGGCAAGAGCCAUCUCAGGCACAGCGUCAAGCCGGAGUACUUCGACGCACUUGGAAAUGUCCUUAUGAAGGGGCUGGGCGCGGUUCUUGGCGCAGACUUCACGGAGGAGGUGCAGGGCGCCUGGGCAGCCGCAUGGGGCUUCUUCGUCACCCACUUAAAACACGGGCUGGAGGACGCGAUACGCCACCGUGCGGAGACAAACGGAAAUGCAGCAGGGACAGGUGAAUAGGCUGCCACCAGAUACAGGCAGCAAAAGCCAUGGAGGAGGGAAGAGCGGGUUUCCAACAUCAAGACACAACAAAUAGGCACCAAAUUACACCAUGGAUAAACUUACUGCCUCUGGUCAUUCUCCUGUGCAGGGCCACUUCUCCACAAAUACUCCAUGAAAGUUCCAUGCUGAAAGCUUCUUUCCUAGAACUACAUCAUUAUGGAACAAGCUUCCCCGAGAAUGCUCCCCAAAUGGGUACAACCCUGAACUUUUUAAGUCUAAGGUCAACAAAUAUCUGUCCUCAAAGUUCCCUAAUGUAAUCCAAAACAUGUAUUACUAAGUGGUUCGUUACGUAUGAGCCUUGUUUGGAGGUGAAAAUUUAAGUAAAUUUAAAAAAAAAAAUGUUAUGCCUUGAUUGGUCAAAUUUCGGCAAAUGUCAGCCUAUCAGAGAAUUGUAAAUACGUGUAUGACUGGGUAAUGCCAAAUAAGGUAAACUCAUUAACAUUUUUAAGAGUCUUCAGAUGAGACGUGGUCAUAUUAGCAUGUCGGCAGAACGUACUGCACCUGCACGAAACCCGUAAUGUAUUGUACAUAGCAUUUCGGCAGAAUGUCUCAUAUAAGGUUGUAUU